GUCGUAUAUCGUAUUUCCUUUCGCGCUAUAUGUUGCCUGGUUCGAAAUCUUCGGAUUAAUAGUGAUAAAGAUCGCAAGACGUCGGUGUGGAACACAGUGGCUGAAGGACGAAAACUUGCAGGGAAUAGCAGGUGCCUUUCUCCAAACAAGAGACGGAACCAUGGAUUUCGUACUUUUUCGAUACAUUCAUGCUCCAGAAAUUCAGGGAAUUGACACGGAAAAGGCGAUGCGAAGAGACUUUGGAUGCCCUGAUUGGAUGUAGGGCUAUAGGGUACUUGUUCGAAAUCGGCAGCAUCGCUGCUGCCGGGCAACUAACAGAGCAAUGGGCGAUUACACAUAUCACAGGACGGGAUUUAUGUCAACAUGUGAAUAUAGGCUAUGAGAGCCGCGAGGCUCUAUUGCAGACCAUCGAAUUUCUGCACGCUUCGGUACCUAUAUCAGCUACUACCAUGCAGACAUUUAUGUUUAUCAAUCAAAACCUGUCAUUCAUGCUAAGAACGCACGUGAUCGCGCUGUUCAAAUCAGAGGAGGUUGUAGAGUAUUGCUUGAAACUACUUGCUCUUGCCAAGGUUGGAUUCCUGAAUGUUGACGGAAGUGGUGUUAAACCCCCAACCCAUGACGCGUCCACGGAUAUUGAGGUCGUAAGUACAGCGCACUCAUGAUAUAAAAUGAUAAGUAAUACAGAAUAAAAUAUAAUAAUUAG